AUGCGCAGUGGGUCGGCUUGGCUGCUUGGCUUGGCUGGUGUAGCCUUAUCCAAUGCAUUGACUUUGGAAAAGAGAGACAGUCCGGCGGUACUCGCAGUGCCAAUGGUACGCGAACGAGAUACUUCUCGGGAGAUUUACAAGCGGUCAAAGACAAUUAAAAUCGGUCUUGAAGAUGAAGACAUUAAUUACGCCGGCUACCGCGCAAACAUGACAUUCGGCACUCCGCCUCAGCAAUUCAUAGCCUACUUCAAUACUUGGAGCAAUGUCUGUUGGCUUAAUGGUGUGGGCGCUGGGGAGUGUGAGCUUUACAGUGAUGACAGUUGUGGUGGGGACGGAUCCUACAACCGAACAGCCUCGACAACUGCCAAGAAGCUCGAGGGCAAAUUUGCAUAUAAUGACACCGGGUCGAUGGCAACCGGUGACUUCGUGACGGAUGUUUUGUCAAUUGGCGGGGUCAAGAUUGAUGAUAUGAAAAUGGGAAUCAUCACUAAUGAUGAUUAUACUGGUAACGUUUUAGGUCUUGGUUACGGAAAUGCGUCUUCCACCUCCUUGACUCAGGCAUUGGCUGAUACCGGUGCCAUCAACUCACCGGCUUUCAGUCUCUAUAACGACAUGGUUCUGUUCGGCGGCGUGAACAAGGCCCAGUACAACGGCUCUCUACACACUUUCCCCAUAGUCAACGGUUCAGAUCUUUUUAAAGCUUUCCGUAUCAAUAUGGAUGGGAUCUCAAUCAACGAGACGUCCGCGGCAUCCAAGGAAUUUCCCCUGGAUGCGGUAUUUGACAUUGAUUUCGGAAUGACCUAUGUCCCAAAGUCAGUGGCUGAGGCCCUGAAUUCCCAGAUAGGUAACACCUCUGUUGCGGAUGACUGGGGGCAAGUGAACUUCACUUGUAACGCAAUAAGUGAAAACUCAACAAUAGAGUUUAAAUUCGGCGGAUUGGAAUUACAAUUCCCCCUGUGGGAGUUUGUUAGCAAAGACAGGUACUUUCAGGAUGACUAUGAAUGGACUUCGGAUAAUGAGACGUGCUAUUUUACCAUCUGUGAGAAUAAGGAUUAUCAAGAUGAAGGAAGCAUAGUUUUAGGCGCCAACUUCAUCAGUAUGAUUUACACAGUCUUCGACAUUGAUAACGACGAAAUUUCGUUGGCGAAGCUUAGUUGGGACAUUGAAGCCGAAGACGAUAUCGUUGAGAUUACAUCAGGCAAGGAUGGUGUACCAGGGACGAAGAAGGACUCAGGCUCAGCUAGCCCACGCAUUGGAAAGGGGUUAGGUGUGAUCACAUUGGCGGUCGUUCCUGCUGUGCUGAUUUUAGCCUUAUAA